CCACGCUGCGAUCUCGCUCUCCUUCCUCGGCGAACGCGGCGUAGGCGGCCGAAUACAGCCUGGCCGAGGCAGAGCAGUAGAGCAGCAGGAAGCGGCCUCUCUUUCCGGGAACCCCACUGCCUUGUGGGAUCGUGGCUGGUUCCUCCGGUCUGGGCCGGUUUUCCCGAAUUCCUCCGCCCCGCCUCCUCGUCUGUACGGAAGCUGAGAGGGUCCGUGGGCAGCCAUGGCGGCGCACCUGAAGAAGCGGGUGUACGAGGAAUUCACUAAGGUGGUUCAGCAACAACAGGAGGAAAUUGCUACUAAGAAACUCCGACUGACAAAGCCAAGUAAAUCUGCAGCACUCCACAUAGAUUUGUGUAAGGCUACCUCCCCAGCAGAUGCUUUGCAGUACCUGCUUCAGUUUGCCAGGAAGCCUGUUGAGGCAGAAAGCGUGGAAGGAGUGGUCAGGAUUCUCUUGGAACAUUAUUACAAGGAGAAUGAUCCAUCUGUACGACUGAAAAUUGCGUCACUGUUGGGUUUACUGUCAAAGACUGCAGGAUUUUCACCAGACUGCAUUAUGGAUGAUGCCAUAAACAUUUUGCAGAAUGAAAAGUCUCAUCAAGUCCUAGCUCAACUCUUGGACACUUUGCUUGCAAUUGGUACUAAACUCCCAGAGAAUCAAGCUGUCCAGAUGCGAUUAGUUGAUGUAGCCUGCAAGUUCUACAUUAUUUGGAGAGGUGAUAUGAGCUAUAAGAUCGGCUUACCUCCAUCCUGAAUCUGUAACAGAAAUGCCAAGGACUCUUAAUGGUUUUAACAGUUGCCUCAUUUUUUUGUUUCUUGAUGUUUAAUUAGUAAUAAAGUUGAAUAACUUGUUAUAAAAUGAACUUCCUCAUCCUCUUCCCAAAAGAUAUGUAAUGAAAAUAAUUAUAGGAGCUACCUUGCAUUCUGUACCUAAUAUAUGCACUCUGUUUAUUAUGGUAAUUUAUACCUAUUUUUUCAUUUGUUUCUCAUAGUCCUUUAGGGAAGUACUGUUGUCCUCUUUUACUAAGGUGGGAAUUGAGUUUCAGGGAGUUUAAUUUGCUCAAGUUUUCACAAUUAGGAAGUUGAAGAACCAGGGAAUAAACUAUGUUUUUUCUGAUUCCAAA